GGGGAUCCCAGCGGCACGCUGCCGCUAUUAGAAGAUCAGGCGCUUGCAAGACCAAACAGAUAAUUGCAUUCUCACUUACAUUUUUUUUCUUCCGUGCUGCAGCAUCCACAUACAGGGGUGCAAUGCGGUAGAUCAUGUAGACCGAGUUCUUUUUUAUUUACUUUCAUUUUUAUUUUUUUACUUUGCGGGAUACAAACUCUCUGGUCCUGCGGCGUUUCAUUCAUAUCUUCUUGUGAUCAAGUGCGAACUUUGAAAACUCUCUGAAAUUAUAUAACGCCGAAUAUAUAGCGCGGAAAUCACCAUGAGUGAGCAGAGUAUCUGUCAGGCGAGGGCCGCUGUCAUGGUUUAUGACGACGCCAAUAAGAAGUGGGUUCCGGCUGGUGGAUCCACUGGCUUUAGCAGAGUCCACAUCUAUCACCACACUGGCAACAACGCCUUCAGAGUAGUGGGCCGUAAAAUUCAGGACCACCAGGUGGUAAUAAACUGUGCCAUUCCCAAGGGGCUGAAAUACAACCAGGCCACGCAAACCUUUCACCAGUGGCGAGACGCACGGCAGGUGUACGGCCUUAACUUUGGCAGCAAAGAGGAUGCCAAUGUAUUUGCCAGUGCCAUGAUGCAUGCCCUAGAGGUGCUGAACUCUCAGGAUGCAGGUCCCCAGUUGCCAAGACAGACCCCUCAGGUGCAGAAUGGCCCUUCACCAGAGGAGCUGGAAGUGCAGAGAAGGCAGCUGCAGGAGCUCCAGCGUCAGAAGGAGAAAGAGCAAGAGCGGCUGGAUCGAGAACGACAGGAACGCGAGCGCCAGGAGCGAGAGAUGCUGGAACGAGAGCGCACUGAGAGGGAACGGCAGGAUCGGGAAAGGCAGGAUCGGGAACGGCAGGAACGGGAGCGUUUGGAGAGGGAACGCACCGAGCAGGAGCGCCUGGAGCGUGAGCGUCAGGAGCAGGAGCUGCUGGAGAGGGAACGACAGGAACGGGAGCUGAUGGAGAGAGAGAGAGCCGAGAGAGAGAAGCAGGAGCGGGAGCAGCAAGAGCAGCUGGACAGAGAGCAGAUGGACUGGGAGAGAGGGAGACGCAUCUCCAACGCCGCAUUCGAAAGCACCCUCUACACUCCUCCACCUCCCGAAUACAACAAGACCACCUCUUCCUCACCUGUAUCUCCUUCCACACCCAGCUACCCUCCGCCAGCGCCAUUGCCUUCAACAGCUACUCCCCCAACCCCGCCCCUGCGGCACUCUGCCUCCAGAUUCGCCACGUCCCUAGGCUCGGCCUUCCACCCAGUCCUGCCUCAUUACGCCACCGUUCCUCGCAGACAACCUGCCCCACCCACUCCACCUCCCCCUGCCCCACCUCCAGCUCCACCCUCCAAAUCGGUAAUCUGGACGGCUAACAACUUCACACCCCUACCGCCCUCUCCUCCAGUCAUGAUUAGCAGUCCCCCGGGCAAGGCCACGGGCCCUCGUCCUAUGAUCGCAAUCCCUGCCCCUAGUCCGCUCUCCCAGAAACCACCUUCGCCCAUCUCUGCACCCAACGGGCCUCCCACCUCGCUUCACUUCCACACCUCAUCCCCUGUAUCUGGUCAGCCGUUUUCUUCGCCACCGACACCACCCCCUCCGCCACCCCUGUACUCCCCCUCACCCACCUUGCCCAUCGCUCCCCAUGUGUCUUGUCCCUCACCCCAGCCUGCUGUUCUCCCUUCUCCUUCCACAGCCUUCCCCGCCUCUGCUGAGCACUCUGUAAACUCUGGUUUGGGAGACUCCUGCUUCUCUGCUCCAGAGCCACCCACUCAUCCUGCUGACUUCCCCAGCCAGCCGGAUUCAGCACACGGGGUGCCGACCCCUCCGCCCCCACCACCCCUCCCUCCCAGCUCCACUGUGACUCCCACCACUGCUGGACCUCCACCUCCCCCUGGCCCCCCUCCUCCUCCCCCGCCACCUCUGCCUCCCACACUUACACCAACAGGUCCCCCACCUCCCCCUGGGCCACCUCCUCCACCCUCAGGCCAGGCUCCCCCACCAGCACCCCCUCCACCCCCUGCGCCACCGCUGCCUUCGGGUCUGUUCACCCCCUCGCCCACCACAGACGAGAACAAGGGCCUGUCUGGGCUUGCAGCGGCCCUUGCUGGAGCCAAGCUAAAGAAAGUGCCAAGGAGUGACGAACCCCUGGCUCCAGCUGCAGGACCCGCGGUGAGUUCUGGUGGUGCCAAACCUGAAGCAUCCCGUGGGAAUGGUCCUUUACCUGGAGGAGGAGGCCUAAUGGAGGAGAUGAGCGCCCUGCUGGCCAGGAGGAGAAGAAUUGCUGAGAAAGGAUCAUCGCCAGAACCUGAGCAGAAAGCUGAUGACUUCGAGGCUACUGUAACUCCAAAAGUGUCAGCUUGUAGCACACCAGAUAUGCCCAGAAAGCCUUGGGAGCGGACGAACACCAUGAAUGGUAGCAAAUCACCAGUCAUCGGAAGACGGGACACACCAUGGAGAAAUCAGAUGGGUACUGACAAGUACUAUGAUUCCUUAAACAGACCAAGGUCUACACCAACUCCAACCGGAUCCACAAGUGCCAACGGGGUGCCAACAGAAGCUCUUGACUAUGACAGAUUGAAACAGGACAUUCUAGAAGAGAUGAGGAAGGAACUAUCGAAACUAAAAGAAGAACUUAUUGAUGCAAUCAGGGAGGAGCUGGGCAAGUCGAACUCUGCAUAAAAGAGGCCGAGGUGCACCUGUAUUUUUUUAAAAACCACAAUCUGUCACUUCAGAGGUCAGCUUCAGUUUAAGACACUAUCUCAAAAGCAAUGAAAAUGGGAAAAUUACAGUUUUAACCAGUGGUGAUCACAAUAACAAUGAAAAUUGGGAAGGAUCUGUUGAGUAUGAUGCCUGGAAUAGACAUAAGUAUUGAGCGCGGGGUGAUGGAGGGCGUAAGAGCGAGAGGAUAACCAGACGUCUCUACGCGACGCCGUACACCAAACGCCCUAUCGAAGGCAGUCGGGAACGAAGUUGACUGUCAGUAUGCAAUGGAUGACUUUUACUGUGGAAAGAAAAUGACGGGGGAGAAAAAAACAAACUAUUACUGAAUCACAUACUGUAUUAACCAUUGAAGAGUGAAAUUGUAAAUCAAGCAGAUGACAUUCAUUCUACGGCACAUUGUUUAGCAAAGGGCAGGCUUUGUUUAUGAAUUUACGAAGGCGUUUGGUGACUCGAGUUGGCCUUGUAUAGAGCAAAACCUUGAAAUCGGGCCAACCAGCCGAGUACGGUCUAUUGCUGCAGGACUCUAAAGCUUGUCUUCCUACUAUUUUAACCAGAAUAUGUACAUUUAAAAUGACGACGAAAUAAACAUUAUAUCUGCAAGUCAUUCAAUCAAUCUGUUCCAAUGUACGCCAUGAUCACAUCAGGUAGCUUAACUCGCUCUUUCAGUCGGUUUCCAUUAUUCUUCAAGAAGCGAAUGCCACUGUUAUCUGUAAACCUUCUUCGUCUUGUGUGUUCGCUAAGAAGAUCACGAAGGACAAUGCCUUUCUACUGUACAUCGUUGUAGCUCUUUACCAAAAUCCUCUCAGCCAAUCGAAGUUAAGGUCGACGUCAACGUCAUCUCAAGACCAUAUCUGUAGAUAGUGCUAACCAGAAACUUUUUAUUCACCAUAGGCUCUUUUUUUUUUGUAUUUCUUUCGAUUUCUUUGCAUGUCGUCUUAUGAACGGGAAGGGGUACAAAAUGGUUGCCACGAAAAAUUAUUUAGUUUUUCAGUUCAUAAGCAAUAAGUGUAGCAUUGUUCCACGUUUCUUUUUUUUCCCGCUUGUUUCCAUAAUCGUCCACUCUGCCCUCAAAACGUGGAUGAAUGAUGUUCUCCAAGUGCAGUUCACAACGGACACCUCUUUAUAGCCAUAAUAAAUUUGCAGGGGUUUUACUCAUUUUACGUUUUAUUUUGGGAUUUACGCAAGUGGAAGAUCUCGCGUAUGGCAGCGUAUUCAUCUCACAUGGGGUAUUAACCAACUAAAGUCUAAUGAUGGACAAGAAACUGGCUCUGUUUUUUAGAGGGGCUUUAUCUUCCAACACGCUUCUUUUUGUUAGGGAAACUUUUAUUGGGAACUCUGCUUUUUAAGACUGAAAUCUUUGUACAAACGUAAAGUGUGAUUAUAGGCUGUGAAUUUUGAGGAGAAUUCUUGAGAACAUGAAUUUGUGACGUUCUCUCAGAUCAGAAUUUUUUUUUUAUCUCGGUUAUCCGUUUCCCUAUGCCAUGCUCACUUGUUGAUCCUUUUGUCGUUUCUUUUAUGUAGUUCGAAACCAUCAAUCUCUCAAGGAAUCGGAGCGUUUGUAUAGAGUGUUUACAGCAUUGAUUGCACUUUAAAAACCCAGAAGUUCAAAUGAUAUUAUUGCUGACACGACCGGCCGUCACUUUGUGAUCGGCUGCAUCACCAAAGCUAAACGGUAAACUCUAGAACGUCACACACUCCUGAUCCACCUUUGUUUUGACAACAAAUAACAUUUGACGAUCGGUCUUUAGGUUAAACAGGUGAAAUGUUUUGAUCAGGGUUGAUUCAUUCCUGGAUAAACCUGUUUGUGAUCUUCAUGGUUUGUGCCUUGUUCGGAAGUUGCAUUUGAUAUGUCGAAAAUAUAAAAGCGUAUAUAUAUAUAGAGAGAGUAUUAAUUUAGGGCCUGCCAUAACUUUAUUCGUUUCUUUUGCAUUUUGCUUCAGUGAGUUGCAAAGGACACUUUUACAAUUUUUGGUUCAAAUCAAACAUGCAUUCACAUUCUUCUGUGUCAUUUUUUUUUUCUUGCAUUCUGUUGCAUUACAGUGUGGUUUGUGUUAUGGUUGAGACCAUGUAUGCUGGUGGGAUCUGAGAAACUGAUCUUUGAUGGCAGGAGUCAGUUGAACGCACAUUAAGACUCGAUUAUGAGCGAACAGUGCUGGUCAGAUUCAACUGAAGGUCCUUUUUAAUGCAAUUUUCAGUUUCCUUAUCUUUCUAUUUUAUCGUUCAUGUUGUACCAUACUGUUUUCAUGUUAAUUAGAAGUUUCUUACACGCUAACAUUGUUUUGUUUGAGCAAAUUAAAUAAAAAUCGCAAUACA